AUGAAGGUGACGUAUACCUGGUUAAUUUAUUCAUGUUUAUUUUUCGUCAUAGGUUAUCCGUAUAUUAAAAAAAAUGUUCCAUGGAUUCGUGAAAUCUUAAACAAACAUUUCACAGACACUACAUGCGUUUUACCAACCGUCGAUGGAGUUGUAUAUUCUUAUGAAGAUUCUCAUGAAAUAUUAUCUCACGGGGCAUUAAUUAAUCAAAAUCUUACUAUUAUUGAGAAUUGUGAAGUUGGAUAUCAUAAGGCUUAUACCAAUAGUUCUAGGUUUUGUCUGGGAAAAGGAAAAUGGUUAACAAAUUUUGAGAAAUUGUGUUUCAAAAUGUGUCCACCUCUAGACUCAAAUAGUUUGGAUAUUAAAUGUAGUCAUAAUGGUAAGUAUACUAAUUGUUCAAAUGUAUCGAUACCCGAUACAAUAGCAACACCAUCAUGUAAGCCAACAUAUACUACACCAAAUGGACAAGACAACACUCCACAUGAAUUAAUUUGUCAAUCUAAUGGAACGUGGAAUAAACAACUAUAUAAAUGCGAUCCACAUUGUGGUAGAGUGUAUAUCAUAAACCAAACAUUGAUUAACAUUGGUGAAGAAUCUCUUGUAUUGACGGCACCAUGGAAUGUUGGAGUAUAUAAAUUAAAUAAAACAACUUUCAAUUAUAACUUGAUUUGUGGAGGAUCAAUAAUUUCUCCAAAUUUAGUCGUUUCUGCUGCUCAUUGUUUUUGGCAAAAAGGUAUGUUAUCCAAUAGAAUACCAAUAAACGACGGUCUAUACAAAAUUGCUGUCGGAAAAUAUGCGAGAGAUUUUUCAAUCAUUGACAAUGAUUUUACUCAAAUAAUUAAUGUAGAUAUUGUUAACCUGAAGGAAGGUUAUUAUGGACCUACUGGAUUUCAUGCUGAAGAUAUAGCUAUCAUUGUGUUACAAAAUAGAAUAUCUUUUAGUAAUGGUGUAGCACCUGUUUGUAUCGAUUGGAAUAGUAUAUACAAUGUUAGCAAUGGAGAUCAAGGAAAGAUUGUUGGUUGGGAAAAAACAGAAGAAGGCAUUUCAAAUCCUGCUUUGUUAGAAGCAUCUUUACCAUACAUUGACCAUAGUUCUUGCCGGAAUAUGUAUACAAACGGAUUUGAAUCAUUUGUGACUUUUGAUAAAUUUUGUGCCGGAUCUGCAUUGGGACAAGGAGUGGGUACGGGAGAUAGCGGUGCAGGCUUAAGCUUUUUACACUCCAAUUCAUAUUAUUUAACCGGAGUAGUGAGUAUAAAAGAUCCAAAUACAAAAAACUCAAUCGCUGUUUUUACAGAAGUUAAACAUCACAUUCAAUGGAUUCGUGAACUGUAUAAAAAAUAUAAUUAUGUCCCAUAA